AUGUUCCGAAACCCCUCCAGCUUGGGUUGUUUGCCCUUACCACCAAACCAGCAACAACAGAACAAAGUCUUCAGUAAUGUUCCUCUAAAUAUGCCAUCUGUUCUCUCUCAACAGCAAAUUAUUAGUGUUCAGCUUAGUUUUCAGAGUGCAGUUCUUUCCAGGUGUCCUUUGAGUAGGAACCCUGCAAUUGUGCCACCUGUUACACCACAGCCAAUGACUUACAGAAAUGGAAGCUCAGUAUGUAUAUCUGAAGCCCGCAUCACAUUACAAAGAAGAAAGAGACUAAGUGAAGAAAAUACUCUACAGAAUGAUAAACGGCAGCGUUUGCAUACACAUUAUUAUGAAACAACUGUAGAUAACCGAGCAGUGCCUUUACAAGAAAAGCAUAGAUACUCCUUCCCAGAACCAGUUAAAUCUCUGUUGUUCUGUGCUCCUCCAGUGCAAGAUAUUUUGUUCCUGUACCCCAGAGAAACCACCUUCCCUGUGGCCAAAGAUAAGUUAAGUCAUCAGGUUUUGGAGUGGUUUCAAGCAUGUCAGCAGCAGAUCUGUGAUUUGAACAGCAAAGAGCUCUGCAGAGCUGAACUCCAGAGAGAAAUUAGGAAAAUUUUUCCACGGAGCAGACUCUUUUUGGUUGGGUCCACAAUGAAUGGUUUUGGCACUCACAGCAGUGAUGGUGACUUGUGCCUGGUGCUUAAAGAACCAGUUAAUCAGAAGACUGAAGCAAUGUAUAUACUCAGCUUAAUCCAAAAGCACUUCGCUACUGAACUUUCAAGGUACAUUGAGCGACCUCAGCUGAUUCGAGCGAAAGUGCCAAUAGUGAAGUUCAGGGAUAAAGUCAGCUCUGUGGAGUUUGACUUGAAUGUAAACAAUGUUGUAGGAAUACGAAAUACAUUCCUUCUGAGAACCUAUGCAUGCGUUGAAAACCGAGUUCGUCCAUUAGUAGUUGUUGUUAAGAAGUGGGCGAGUUUCCAUGAAAUAAACGAUGCCAGUCGUGGUACUUUAAACAGCUAUAGUCUUGUACUGAUGGUUUUACACUACUUACAGACCCUACCUGAACCCAUCCUUCCAUCCCUCCAAAAAAAUUACCCGGAAUCUUUUGAUCCCGCUUUGGACUUGUAUCUUGUUCAUCAACUUCCAUGUACCAUUCCUCCUUACAUCUCAAAGAAUGGAUCAAGUCUUGGAGAUUUGCUAAUAGGCUUCCUCAAAUACUAUGCCACAGAAUUUGAUUGGAGACGACAAAUUAUUUCAGUUCGUGAGGCCAAAGCUAUACCAAGACCUGAUGAUACUGAAUGGAGAAACAAAUUUAUUUGUAUAGAAGAACCCUUUGAUGGGACGAACACUGCCAGGGCUGUACACGAAAAACAGAAGUUUAAUAUCAUCAGAAGUGAAUUUCUGGAGUCUUGGAAGGUAUUGCGAGACAAGAAAGACCUGAACUAUAUAUUACCUUUAGAAGCAGUCCUACAGAAAAGAUGA